UCGGGGGCGGAGAAGCUGGGAGGCGGGAGGCAGGAGGCGGGAGGUGCGGGGGCCGUUUAAGCGGCCUCCCUCCCGCCCCCAGCCGCCCGGUCUGGCCCCGGCCCUAACCCGACCACCGGCCUGGCCCGCUCCGGCCCUGCCCUGACGAGCGGUCCUCCGGGCACCCGGGCGGCCUCCAGAGCAACCCAAGCCCAUGAGGGCCGCGCGCCCUGCCGCCGGCGCUGACGAGACGGAGCUCCCGGCCCGCGAGGAGGAGCUGAGGAUCAAUGCGGUUCAAGAAUCGAUUCCAGCGGUUCAUGAACCACCGGGCCCCAGCCAAUGGCCGCUACAAACCAACUUGUUACGAACAUGCUGCUAACUGUUACACACAUGCAUUCCUCAUUGUCCCGGCCAUCGUGGGCAGCGCCCUCCUCCACCGGCUGUCGGACGACUGCUGGGAGAAGAUAACGGCAUGGAUUUACGGAAUGGGCCUGUGCGCCCUCUUCAUCGUCUCCACAGUAUUCCACAUCGUGUCCUGGAAAAAGAGCCAUUUAAGGACCGUGGAGCAUUGCUUCCAUAUGUGUGAUAGAAUGGUGAUCUAUUUCUUCAUCGCUGCUUCUUACGCGCCAUGGUUAAAUCUCCGUGAACUUGGACCCCUGGCAUCUCAUAUGCGUUGGUUUAUCUGGCUCAUGGCAGCUGGAGGAACCAUUUAUGUAUUUCUCUACCAUGAAAAGUAUAAGGUGGUUGAGCUCUUUUUCUAUCUCACAAUGGGGUUCUCUCCGGCUUUGGUGGUGACGUCAAUGAAUAACACCGAUGGACUUCACGAACUUGCCUGUGGGGGCUUAAUUUAUUGCCUAGGAGUUGUGUUCUUCAAGAGCGAUGGCAUUAUCCCAUUUGCCCAUGCCAUCUGGCACCUGUUCGUGGCCACAGCAGCUGCAGUGCAUUACUAUGCCAUUUGGAAAUAUCUUUACCGAAGUCCUACAGACUUUAUGCGACAUUUAUGACCAGUCUGUAUACUAGGUCUCCAAACCAGUAUUAUCUCAAUUAUGGCAGUUGGGAGUAGGGUAAAAGCUGAAUAUUGCACAGGAGAAAAAAAGAAAGAAGAAGACAGCUGCACUGACUUUCUUUAUAUAGUUUGAAUAUAAUUACUGUGAAAGUAUAGAUGCUGUACUUAUUUGUUCUGCAAUUUUCCAGAACAAAUAAAUAAGCUAGUGAAUUAAUUAUUCAUUCCAUUCCACUAUCAUGCAAGACUCUGGAUAGACUUGGCCAACUGAUGUUUACAAACCAGAAUUUUGUAUUUUAAUUUUACAGAUUUUACUACAUGAUUUUUCUAAAUGACUAGGUCAGGUUGUCAAAGUCAGUGCAAUAGCAAAGCUUCCUUUUUUAAGAGAAAAUUGUAUCACUUUCCCAUCAGCCAUGUAAAGAAUCAUGGACAGAAGUUACACUACUUUUACCAUGUUUCAUCUUGGCAUAACAUGGUUAUUUUUUAAAUAGUAACUUUAGUUUUUUGUAAAUUUUUAAAAAAUGUUCCAUUGACGUGCAUCUCCGCAGUUCCUCAUCCAUGUGAAUUUUUGCAGCAAGCUGUCAACAUUCCACAAACGAACAAACAUUAUACCUCUUCUGGUAGUUUUAUUAGCCAUGGAGAAAUUGCCAAUUUUUAAAAACUGCAGUUUUCCAGACUUUUUCUGCCAACCUCUGACUCUGAAUUUCAUGCUGCUUUGGGCCAUAAACUUGACCUAGUUUGGUUUACUAAUGAUGGAAAAGUAUUUUGAUAUCAUUAACUUUUUCAAAAGAUUCCACUUUUUCUCUGCGCCUUUGCCAUGUCCUCUUCAGGGUCUUUUCCAGCAGUGGAUGGGCGCUCAGUCUGCAUUACCAUAUUGUUGGGUUGGCCAUCCACUGAAAACUCCCCAAGAGCGUUAGGAGUUACAGUGAAUAGUGGUCCUGCCUCUUUGGUGCCCGGUGGUGAAGUCAUUGUCGCUUAGCUCUAUAUGAUCAGUUUGAUAUUCAUUUUUAAACUGUGGAAUUAGAUGCAUAAAUCCAUAUUUCUACCUUCUACACCUCUAGAUGGACCUUUUUCCUUUUUUUUUGAUAGAAAAAUAUUUAAAGCAUUGUUUGACAGAUAGAAACUCAUGUGUCUGUAGUCCAUGAGUUACAUGCUAGCUCAGUGGAGUGGUAUUUAAAUGUAUUAUUUUUGGUUUUUUUCCCUCAGUGUCUUAUAUUAAGAUUAACAUAUUAGUUGCUCUGUUGAUUAAUCUCCUGUUGGUGUUUUAAUAAAUGAGACAACCUCGCCUUUAGAUCAGGUGCUGAUAUUGACUAUUUUCUACUGGGUUUGAUCAAUGGAAUUACUGGUUUGUUGUUACAUUGAGGCUUAUUUAUUGAUUUUGUGCAUGUAUGUUUAGAAUUCUCUCAUUUUGGUGAAUUAUAUGGGAGUGAAGAACAGAAGAACUAAUAUUCGCUGGUGAAGUUUUAAAUGGGCGAGGUACUCAGUAAUAACACCAACCAGACCACCCCUACCUGCAUGAUUCUGAACAUUUGGAUGCCUAUUGUUUUAUUGUGUGUAUUUUAUUUUUAAUAUAUUAACUUUUGUGGAUUCAUUUAAGUUUGCUCAAAAGUAACACUGUCAAAACCACUAAAAUGUAUGUAAAAAAAACUGUGGCUGUAAACUAGAAUAAAAUUGUUACUUG